UUUUAUGAACUACCAGAAAUCCAGAAAACACCUUAGCGUCACGUUAACCGGGUUGGCUGCUCUCCAUCUUUUUCUUUCGCAUCGAUUCCUGACCUCCGUUUUGCUCGAUUCGCAGAAACCCCAAAACGCAUUGCCUUCAUGUAUCGCUAACUCCCAAUUUCUUUCCUAAUAAUCACUGAAUUUUGGUGUUUAAUUCAUUCCGCAGGUAGACAGUUUAAAGAAGAUGCAAGGUGGGAGAGGGAGAGGGAGAGGAAGAGGAAGAGGUGAUCCUUUCUCUUUCUCUGGUUUUGGGGGUAUGCCAUUUCCUAGCCUAUUUGGGUCUGGGGGAAGAGACCCAUUUGAUGACCCUUUCUUCACACAACCAUUUGGUGGAAAUGGAAUGUUUCAGCCAAGUCCAUUCAUGGGUGUACCUCCAUUUGGGUCAAGCUUAUUCCCUCCAAAUGGAACAAGUCCUUUCAUGGAUGCACAUGCACACACUCCUACACUUUAUGACCACAUGCCAAACACUUCCAGGGGUCCAAUCAUUGAAGAACUCAACUCUGAUGAAGAAGAACAACAACUAGAAGCUCAGCAUGGAAAUCAGUUGAGUGUGAUGCGUGAUACACACUCACGUCCACAAGCUCAUAGCUUUUCCUUUCAAAGCUCCAGUGUUACAUAUGGAGGUUCUAAUGGAGCAUAUUAUACUUCAUCUACCAUUAGAAGGGCUGGAAGUGAUGGUGUGAGAUUUGAAGAAUAUAAAGAAGCUGACUCAGUAAGUGGUGAGGCAGCUCAUAGAAUUUCAAGAGGAAUCCAUGAUAAGGGUCACACUGUUUCAAGGCAUCUAAAAUCAGAUGGACAGGUGGAUACAAUGCAAACACUGCAUAACAUCAACGAAGAUGAAGUUAAUGGGUUUGAAGAGGCUUGGAAAGGAAGGGGUGGUUGGGCACUGGCUUCAAGUUCAAGUGGGAGAAGACGAUUGGGUGUAGGUGAGCAUGCACAGUCAUCAAAGCCUAGGCGGAGACGUUGAGUAGGUUGUUGUUUUUGGGUAUAAAGUGUUAUAUGUUAGAUAUAUAUAUAUAUAUAUAUAUAUA